AUGGCCACUAACAUCUCUUUUCACCCUGGUUCUGUGACUGGCGAAGAACGUAAAGAGUUACUCGGGCAAAAAGGUGCAACAGUCUGGUUGACAGGUCUUAGCGCUAGCGGAAAGUCAACGAUUGCGUGUGCCCUUGAGCAGCAUCUGCUACACUCCAAGAAGUUUACAUAUCGCCUCGAUGGUGAUAACGUGAGAUUUGGACUGAACAAAGACCUCGGUUUUGACGAAAAAUCUCGCAAUGAGAACAUAAGGAGGAUAGGAGAGGUUUCCAAAUUGUUCACAGAUGCAGGGUGCAUCACAGUCACAGCCUUCAUUUCUCCCUACCGAGCCGAUAGAGAUUUGGCUAGAGAUCUUCACAAACAAUCAUCUUUGCCUUUCAUCGAGGUUUUUGUUGACGCACCGCUAGAAGUAGUGGAAGCUAGAGAUCCUAAAGGACUAUACAAGAAAGCACGAGCUGGUGAAAUCAAAGAAUUCACCGGAAUAUCAGCACCAUACGAAGCUCCUUCCUCUCCAGAAAUCCAUAUAAAAACCGACCAAGUCAGUGUUGCCAAUGCUGUUCAGAUAAUUACCGACUACUUGGUCGCCAACAACUACAUCCUACCUUAA